AUGGCGGCGCGCGGGGCGUUCCUGGCGCCGGUUCUGGUGCCUGUGAGCAGCUGCUUCGUUAAUCUUCCGCCUGCGUUUGUGCAGGCCUUCUUGGGAGGACCGGAGCUGAUGAAUGCUGGGUCCACGAUUCUGGAGCUGUCGUGGGAAACACUUGACGGAUACGUGCAGCGCGUGUGUGUUGGAUGGAUCGGCGGUAUUGCUAAGGACGGAGCGCUCCGCAGUGACAUCGUUGAAAUACCAGCCGAGUUGGCGCGUUGUGUAGGCAUUCAAGAUCAUUUGGAGAAGAUGCCACAAGCUUUUAUUGGGGUGCACGUGGUGGAGGCGCUGUCCAUCGCACGGCAGGUUAAUGUUGAGCCAUGCACGGCGGAUGACUGGGAGUUGAUUCAAUUGCAUGCAGGGGCUAUCGAGACGGAACUGCUGCGACAGAUGUGUGUGGUCAAUGACAAGCAAGUGAGUCCUAUAUGGAUCAACCAGAACACACUCAUUCGCAUUCGCGCUUCUCUUCCGGCUGGGAUGGAGCAUGCUCGAUUGACUCCAGCUUCGGAGGUUAUCGUGGCACCAAAAGAACGCCAAGUGGAAACGGCAGAACACGCAUUGAGCCCAGAUUUGUACUACGAGCAGUCCCCACCUUUUAUUGUCCAGGAUUAUGUAGGCACUCUCCAAAAUGAAAAAGGCGAUGAAGUGUGGGUUCAUCCCGAAUCUCUAGCUAUGCUGGAUGGCGCAGUGAUCUCUGAUGCCCCUUCAGACGCGCAAGAAGCGCCGGUUGUUGCGCUCUGGAGCCCCGAUUUGAAGGCUUCGAGUGGUGUUACGGCUGAAACUAAUGAGGGCGAGCCCUUAAGGCAAGAUUCUGUAUGCUAUGUGGCGAGACUGAAAGCCUCCUAUGACGUUGUACGGAACCACAUCGUUCUCAGCCGAGGCGCGAGCGUCAGCUUGGAUGCCGCUGCGCAUGAAUCAGUUAUACUACGCGUUCUGAAGCUACCAGAGCUCCCACCAUCCUCGGUGACACUACUCAUCAACUCUGAAGGCCCCAACGGUGAUGAUUUGACCAUGGUUGGUCGCAUCCAGCAAGCAUUUCGGCGCUGGAGUAGCUCACCUGACUGCAGUCACGUGGUCAGCUCGGGCUCAGUUCUUCGUUUUAAACUGGAUAAUGGAAAAGCUGUUGACGCAGUUGCUGACGUCCAAUACGAUGCUGAAGAAGCGUUUAGUGCCGAGCAACUGGAAGGCGUUCCGGUUGGUGCUUUAGAAAACUAUACUGUGCUGGGUGGGAGCCAUGGUCAUGCUUUAUCGAUGGCCCAAGUGACUGUGCAGAAUGCAUCAGGCCAACCGCAGCAAGUACUAGCGAAAGCGCGGAACUAUGCGUCGUCUAUUAGCGCGUUGAACCGGUCAGUCCUGGAGUUAUCGCGCAGUGCGAAGACCUACUCAACGUUGAUGAAAGCUGUGCGGCCUGUGUUGUCUCGAGAUGCUUCAGCAGCGCGAGUUCUGCUGGGUACAAAGCCCCCAGGUUGUGCCUUAUUGCAUGGCGAGCGAGGCAGUGGGAAAUCGACAAUUCUACGUGCGUUAGUGCACGAGGCUCAGACCUCGUUGCAGUUUUCAGCUUGGACAAAAACGAUCGAGUGUCGGAACUUACGUGGACUCAAGAUGGAUUCGGUGAAAACUCAACUGAACAGGCUGUUUGAAGAGGCUGCUGCCCAUGCACCUGCGUUGAUUGUCUUGGAUAACCUGGACGCGUUGGUGCCUCAAGAAGACGAGUCCGCAGGUGCAGCAAACGAGCAAUCACGACGUAUCGCUGAGCUGCUUUUGGUUCUAAUGAACCGAAAUUGUCAGCGCAUGUGGAAGUCGACAGCCGAGUUGAAGGCAUCUUUUAAGCGCGAAUGUGAAGCCAUUAAGGGUUUAUCUGACCGGCAAAAGCAACUCGCACGAAGGAAACUCUUGGAGACAGUGGGCAAUGCUAUGCAGAGCAAGAGUGUGGCGGUGGUUGCAGCUGCUCGCUCCGACACGAGCAUCCAUAAGACCUUGCGAGGGUGUGGGCUUUUUGAUCGCCCCGUCCAAGUGACUUCACCGGAUGCAGAGCGACGCGAAACGUUGAUCGGCGAGAUGCUGCAGAUGAAAGUCGAUAGCGCGAACUCGACGGGCAAAGGAGCGAAGGUUUCGCGACAGAUUGUCAUUGAUCCAGCCAUCGAUUUUGGUCUUCUGUCGUCCUUGACAGAGGGCUACAGUCUCCGUGAUUUAUCAAGCGCUACCGAUCGAGCCCUGCAUCAAAUGUUCAAGCGCAAUGCCCUUCUUGAGCCUAGCAAGCGUUCCGAGGUGACUCACAAGGUCCAGCAGAGUGACUUUGUCGAAGGCAUCGAAGAUUUCCAGCCAACUGCUUUGAUCGGUGUGGAUCUCUUCAAGAGUUCGGUCAAAUGGAGCGACGUUGGUGGACUGCAGCAAGUGCGAACAGUGCUCAAGGACACGCUGGAGCUUCCGACUCGCUAUGCGAAGUUGUACGACAACACACCAAUCAAGCUCCCGGCCGGUAUGCUGCUCUAUGGGCCUCCUGGAUGCGGCAAAACUCUGCUGGCUAGUGCUGUGGCACACGAAUGUGGCUUAAAUUUUAUCAGUGUGAAAGGUCCCGAAGUUCUGAACAAGUACAUUGGCGCUAGUGAACAGGCCAUUCGCGACUUGUUUGCGCGUGCUGGCUCAGCUGCUCCUUCUGUGCUUUUCCUGGACGAGUUCGACUCGAUUGCUCCCCGUCGCGGUGCCGAUAAUACUGGAGUCACGGAUCGUUUAGUGAACCAAUUGCUCACAUUCUUGGAUGGCGUUGAAGCUCGAAAGGGAGUCUACGUGCUGGCAGCUACAAGUCGACCGGAUAUGAUUGAUCCAGCGCUCCUUCGACCUGGACGUCUCGACAAAUCCCUUUACUGUGGUUUUCCGAACGAGGAAGAGCGUUUGGACAUCCUUCGUGCGGUUUCGAAAGACAUGGAACUCUCCCAUGAAGCGCUCGAGUACCUCUCUGAAAUCGCAAGAGCCUCGAAAAGUGCCCAUUUCUCGGGUGCUGACCUGCAAGCUAUCAUAUAUUCGGCGCAGCUGGAACUUGUGCACGAGAAGUUGAAUGGCGACGGAUCCAACCUCAUCACCAAGGCCCAUGUGCAGACGUCGUUCGAGAACGCCAAACCUUCAACGUCCGAGGCCGCUCGUCUGCAGUUCGAACGCAUGUACGCUGGCUUCUCCAAGGCUCGUAACACCGACUUCUCCGUGGCUGAAGCUGAUGUGUCGGCCACCAGCGACUCGCUCAAGUCGCACGUCGCUCAUCAACGUACAGCACUCGCCUAG